AUGGGUGAAAAAUAUGAAACAAUUUCUUUAUUACUUUGUUCCAUUUUAUCUUGCACAUCAACUGGAAUUUUGAUAUUUUAUUUUUUCUACUCUUAACAAUCUAGGACUUAUGCCUUUAAGUUAGUUUUUUCGAUCUUCAUAUUUGAUUUCAUACUGAGCUUUGAUUACUUAUGUCCCUUAUUAUAUCUUCUUAUUGAUUAAAAUGCAAAAAUUGGAGAUGUUGUUUGUAAGAUUUAAGGAUUUGUAAAGCUAUUAGCAACAAAUGGAAUGUUUUUUAGCUCUCUUGUGAUUUCUUGGGUGCUGUAUUCAUAUUUCAUAAGAAAAAAAUAAAUAAAAUAUAAAAACCCAAUAAUACACUACUCAAAAUUUACUAUUGCUUUACCUCUUAUUAUAUCCUUAAUACCUCUUAUAACUGGCAACUAUGAUCAUACUGAACCCUUGAAAGAUGUGAUGUGCUUUUUAAUUGUAAAGAGCUAUGAUGAAGGAUCUUACGAUACUACAGGGAUGGUUUUAAAAAUAGCAUUGUCAUUUAUACCUUUUGUUACUACUAUAUUUCUUGAACUAUUUUUUGUACUUAGAAUCCUAUACUAAUUCUACAUAAAUAAUGAUUAGGUAUAUUUAGUAAAUAUUAAAAAUUUAAUUCUAUAUCCCUCUAUAUUGAUUAUUUCAUGGAUUUGGAUUAUGUUUGAAAGGUUUUAUGAGUUAGUUACAGAUGGAGAUUAAAUUAAUUGGCUAAAUUCAUUUGACUUACAGCUUGGAGUAUUAAAUGGAUUUUUUAACUCAAUAGUCUACGGAUUUCUCUCAAUAAAUCUUUGCCAUAGUUUAGAAAAAUCAGAAAUUAAAUUAAUUGAAUCAGAAAAAACUCCUUAUUCUGAUUCUAUUUCUGGAUUUUCGAGUAUUUAUGAAGAAGGAGAAACAUGUGAUAAUUGA